ACAAAAACAGACCAGAGAGAGCAAGAAAGUAGAAGUGAGCAUUCAAUGCUGUUGAACGACUGCUUUUAGAGGGACAGACGACCACAAUGAUCAACGAUGUACGAUUGGAGGCCAUUAAUGCACUUCUCAACCACCAAUGCCAAGGGUUUAUCGCUUCCCUAGAUCCGGAUAGGAACCGAAUGUGGAACUCUGCGGAGAAUGUGUUCGCGAGAACACCGUCGUUCAGGGAGGACGGAGAGGACGAGGAGGCGCUGCGAUGGGCCGCGCUAGAGCGGUUGCCUACUUACGCACGUGCUCGUAGAGGUAUUUUCAAGGACAUGCUCGGUGAUGCGAAGGAGAUCGACGUUACUGAGUUGGAAGCUCAGGAACAGAGAAUCGUUCUGGAUCGCCUUAUUAACUCGUUUGAAGAUGAUCCUGAGAAGUUCUUCGAUCGAAUGCGAAAGAGAUUUGACGCAGUGGACUUGGAAUUUCCAAAAAUUGAGGUCCGGUUUCAAAAUCUCACCGUGGAAUCAUUUGUUCGUGUUGGAAGCAGGGCGUUGCCAACCAUUCCUAAUUUUAUCUUCAACAUGACUGAGGCAUUUUUUAGGGGUUUGGGGAUUUACAGGGGAAAGAGAAGCAAGCUGACUAUUUUAGAUGAUAUUAGCGGGAUCAUUAGACCUUCUCGAUUGACGCUUCUGUUGGGACCUCCAAGUUCAGGAAAGACUACACUCUUGUUGGCUCUUGCUGGACGCCUUAAAGAUAACUUGCAGAUUUCAGGAAGAAUUACUUACAAUGGACACAGUCUAAAGGAGUUCGUUCCUCCAAGGACAUCUGCUUAUGUCAGUCAAGAUGAUUGGCAUGUCGCAGAGAUGACUGUGAGGGAAACUCUUGAGUUUGCAGGAUGCUGUCAAGGUGUUGGAUCCAAGUAUGAUAUGCUUGUAGAACUCUCAAGAAGAGAAAAAAUUCAUGGGAUAAAACCUGAUGAAGAUCUUGAUAUUUUCAUGAAGUCAAUUGCACUGGGAGGACAGGAGACAAGCCUAGUUGUGGAGUAUAUCAUGAAGAUUUUAGGGUUGGACACAUGUGCUGAUACAUUGGUGGGUGAUGAAAUGCUAAAAGGGAUCUCAGGGGGACAGAAGAAGCGGCUCACAACAGGUGAAUUACUUGUUGGUCCAUCUAGAGUGCUCUUCAUGGAUGAGAUCUCGAAUGGGCUUGACAGUUCAACUACUUAUCAAAUCAUCAAGUACCUGAGGCAUUCAACUUGUGCACUUGAUGGGACCACCGUUAUAUCUUUGCUGCAACCUGCUCCUGAGACUUACCAGUUGUUUGAUGAUGUUAUACUUCUAUGUGAGGGCCAUAUUGUAUACCAAGGACCCCGGGAUGCUGUUCGUGAUUUCUUUUCACAUAUGGGGUUUAGUUGUCCUCCCAGGAAAAAUGUGGCAGACUUCUUGCAAGAAGUUACGUCCAAGAAGGAUCAAGAGCAGUAUUGGUCUGUUCCUUACCCACCUUACAAGUACAUACCUCCUGAGAAAAUUGCUGAAGCAUUCCGAUUAUAUCAAACCGGUAAAAGUUUGUCUGAGGAAUUGGAUACUCCUUUUGAUAGACGUUAUAAUCAUCCCGCAGCCUUGUCAACUUCUCGUUAUGGUGUAAAAAAGAAUGCCCUUCUCAAGACCAGCUAUAACUGGCAAAAGCUGCUGAUGAAACGGAAUUCAUUUAUCUAUGUUUUCAAAUUUAUUCAGCUGCUUUUUGUUGCCUUGAUCACAAUGAGUGUUUUUUUCCGGACAACAAUGCGCCAUAAUACAAUUGAUGAUGGGGGCAUAUAUCUUGGGGCACUUUACUUUUCCAUGGUCAUUAUUCUUUUUAAUGGAUUUACGGAGGUUUCAAUGCUGGUGGCUAAGCUUCCAGUUAUUUACAAGCACAGGGAUUUGCAUUUCUAUCCAAGUUGGAUAUACACCAUUCCUUCUUGGGCGUUAAGUAUCCCAACUUCUCUCAUUGAAUCGGGUUUCUGGGUGGCAAUUACGUACUACGUUAUUGGAUAUGAUCCUGAAGUUACUAGGUUUUUUCGGCAAUUCUUGUUGUAUUUCUUUCUACACCAGAUGUCAAUAGCUCUCUUCCGUGUCAUGGGAUCCUUGGGCCGUAACAUGAUCGUUGCUAAUACCUUUGGGUCUUUUGCUAUGCUUGUUGUCAUGGCUCUUGGAGGAUUCAUCAUUUCAAGAGAUCGGAUCCCUAGUUGGUGGAUAUGGGGUUACUGGAUAUCUCCUUUGAUGUAUGCUCAGAAUGCAGCUUCAGUUAAUGAAUUUUUAGGGCAUUCCUGGAAUAAGAGAGCUGGGAGCCACAGUAACCUCACGUUGGGUAAGGCAUUAAUGAGAGAGCGCAGUUUGUUUCCAGAGAGCUACUGGUAUUGGAUUGGUGUUGGUGCCUUGCUCGGUUUUACGGUUCUGCUCAACAUUUUAUUCACUUUUUUCCUAGCUUACCUUGAUCCUUUAGGAAAACAACAAGCUGUUGUCUCCAAAGAAGAGCUGCGGGAGAGAGACAGAAGAAAGAAAGGUCAAAGUGUUGUUGUUGAACUGAGGCAGUACUUACAGCAUUCAGGCUCACUAAGUGGAAAAAGUUUCAACCAAAGAGGCAUGGUUCUCCCAUUUCAACCACUUUCCAUGUCUUUCAGUAAUGUCAAUUACUUUGUGGACGUUCCUGUAGAACUGAAGCAACAAGGAAUAGCGGAAGAUAGAUUGCGGCUGUUGGUCAAUGUUACUGGAGCAUUUAGACCAGGUGUGCUUACAGCAUUGGUUGGAGUUAGUGGUGCUGGUAAAACGACCCUCAUGGAUGUUUUGGCCGGUAGGAAAACUGGUGGGGUCAUAGAAGGAAGCAUUCAUAUAUCUGGGUAUCCCAAAAGGCAAGAAACUUUUGCAAGAAUUUCUGGUUACUGUGAGCAGAAUGACGUGCAUUCUCCUUGCUUGACUGUUCUGGAGUCACUGCUGUUCUCUGCUUGUCUCCGGUUAGCAUCAGAAGUUGACUUGGAUACACAACAGGCAUUUGUGGAGGAGGUAAUGGAGCUUGUGGAGCUCACUCCACUAAGGGGGGCAUUGGUUGGUCUACCAGGAGUUGAUGGUUUGUCAACCGAACAACGGAAAAGAUUAACUAUUGCUGUUGAAUUGGUUGCUAAUCCUUCUAUAGUGUUCAUGGAUGAGCCCACGUCAGGGUUGGAUGCAAGAUCUGCAGCCAUUGUGAUGAGGACAGUAAGAAAUAUUGUAAAUACUGGGAGGACAAUUGUUUGUACAAUUCACCAGCCUAGCAUAGAAAUCUUUGAAUCCUUUGAUGAGCUAUUGUUCAUGAAGCGUGGAGGGGAGCUCAUUUAUGCUGGUCCACUUGGCCCCAAGUCUUGUGAGCUUGUCAAGUUUUUUGAGGCAGUUGAAGGAGUGACAAAGAUCAGGCCUGGAUAUAAUCCUGCUGCAUGGAUGCUUGAGGUUACUUCACCUGCAGAAGAAAGCCGCCUGGGCAUGGAUUUUGCGGAAAUUUACCGAAAAUCAAAUUUGUUUCAGCGUAACAGAGAUUUGGUUGAAAAUCUAAGCAAGCCUAUUCAUAGUUCAAAAGAAUUGGACUUUCCAACCAAGUAUUCCCGGUCGUUCAAUGAGCAGUUUUUAGCUUGUCUUUGGAAGCAAAAUCUAUCUUAUUGGCGAAACCCACAAUACACUGCAGUUCGCUUCUUCUACACUGUCAUGAUUUCAUUGAUGCUUGGGACAAUAUGUUGGAGAUUCGGGUCUAAAAGGGAGACCCAACAGGAUAUACUUAACGCCAUGGGAUCCAUGUAUGUAGCAGUCCUAUUUAUUGGAAUAACCAAUGCCACCGCUGUACAACCUGUCGUCUCUGUUGAAAGAUUUGUUUCAUAUCGGGAGAGAGCUGCAGGGAUGUAUUCUGCUCUUCCAUUUGCUUUUGCACAGGUUGCUAUUGAGCUUCCUUACGUGUUUGGGCAAACAAUUAUUUACGGCACAAUAUUUUAUUCCCUGGCCUCAUUUGAGUGGACAGCUCAGAAGUUUAUGUGGUACAUUUUCUUCAUGUAUUUUACGAUGCUAUACUUCACCUUCUAUGGAAUGAUGACGACAGCAAUCACGCCAAAUCAUAAUGUCGCUGCCAUCAUCGCUGCUCCAUUUUACAUGCUUUGGAACCUUUUCAGUGGCUUUAUGAUUUCGUACAAGAGAAUUCCUGUAUGGUGGAGGUGGUAUUACUGGGCAAACCCCAUUGCUUGGAGUCUGUAUGGUCUUGUGACUUCACAAUAUGGUGAUGAUGAUAAACUUAUAAGGCUAUCAGAUGGAGUUCAGAUGAUUCCUAUAAGGCAACUACUCAAGAAUGGGCUUGGAUACAGGCAUGAUUUUUUGGGCAUAGCAGGUAUAAUGGUGGCCGGGUUCUGCGUUCUUUUUGGGGUCAUUUUUGCUUUUGCAAUAAAAUCCUUCAACUUCCAGAGGAGAUGAUGAGGUGAAUUUCAUGUAUUCCAGUAGUGUUGCUGGCUUCAAUAAGUCAUCAGACCAAAGUUAAGCGUAUAUGUUUAUACUGUAUAUCUGGCUAUUUGCAAAAGUUGACGUAUAUUUUUAUACUGUAUAUCUGGCUAUCUGCAUAAAGUUUUGGAUUGAAUCACUUGUACUAUAACCUGGAGAUGGUAUAUUAUAUAACAGGAAUCAUUAUUUGCAA